GUUAUACAUAUCCAAAACUAGGCGCUAUACAGCCCUUGGGUUAUUAAAGGCAGCAGCAGUACAAAGAGAUUUUUUCGUGUAAUGUGAUGGAGGAUGAAAAGACAGUGAACAUGAUAACCGAGUUUACAAGACUCAGCCCUUCCUCUCCGUCACCCUCUCACUUCUCUCUCCCUCUCACCUUCUUCGAUACCCUCUGGUUUAAGUUCCCACCCACAGAACGCGUUUUUCUUUAUCAACUUGCCGACUUAACUCGUGAAUCUUUCUAUUCAGAUAUCCUCCCCAGACUAAAACGUUCCCUCUCCGCCGCUCUCGUCCACUACUUCCCCCUCGCCGGUAACAUCAAGUGGGACGCAAGUGACCCAACGCCAACCAUCACGUGUGCCCCCAACGACGCUGUUUCUCUCACCGUCGCUGAGUCCACUGCAGACUUCAGUAAUGUCUGUGCCGAUGAGGUUCAUGAAGUCACCGUGUUGCACAGUUUAUUACCCGAAUUGCCGGUAGGCGAUCACUUAUCGCUCAUCAUUUCGCUGCAAAUAACGCUGUUUCCUGGUCGAGGAUUUAGCCUUGGAUUUAGUACACACCAUGCAGUUCUUGAUGGCCACACCAUAGCAAGUUUCAUUAAAGCGUGGGCUUAUAUGAACAAGCAUGAUCAAGAAAACGCUUCUCUGCCAGCAGAUCUAAUUCCCUCCUUUGACCGGAGUGCUAUCAAGGACCCAGCCGGGCUAAACGCAGAGUUUCUAAACAUGUGGAUAGCUUUCGGCGGGGGAGAUUCAGAUCCCAGCAAGAGAAACCUGAAAACCAUGCCAUUAGAGAAAAUUGAUCCUAAAUUUGUUCGAGCAACAUUCGGUUUGUCUCGUGAAGAUAUCAAGAAACUAAGAGAAAGGGUGCUGGUCCAAAACGAUCAUGUAAAGAGGCCACUUCACUUAUCAACCUUCGUUAUCACAUACGCGUAUGUGUUCACUUGCAUGGUUAAAGCUAGAGGAGGAGAUAAUGACAGACUCAUAUGCUCUGCGUUCACGGCUGAUUACAGGACACGGUUAGACCCUCCGGUACCAUCAAACUAUUUCGGCAAUUGCGUUAUACUACAGAUGGGUCUUGGUUACGCUCGAGAUUUAAUGGGGAAGGAUGGGUUCGUCACAGCUGCCAAGAACUUAAGUGAUUUGGUUUCAGGUUUAGAUAUUGAUGCUCCCAAAAGAGUACCAGAUUUACUGUCAAAAAUUAUGAGCUUACGACAAGAAAUGCAGUUGGGUUCUGUUGCCGGGUCAACCCGAUUUGGGACUUACGGGAUAGAUUUUGGUUGGGGAAAGCCUAAGAAGGUAGAGAUUGCUUCUAUAGACGGGACCGGAGCUUUUUCUUUGAUGGAAAGUAGAGAUGGGAAUGGGGGAGUGGAGAUUGGCGUGUCCAUGAGGACGAGGGAGGAAAUGGAGAAUUUUGCUUCUCUAUUUUCCACCGAGCAGUAGGAUGCCGUGCAAUGCUGGACAAACUUUCGAACUUUCAUUUUCUGGGUGGGGUG